UGCGCGCGCGCGCGCGAUCACAGGCAGUAAAGUAAGCGCGUCGGAACGACUCCGCUUCCGUGUUCAGGUUUCCGUUAGUGCCUAUUUGGGCUAAGGACCAGACCCGGAACGCUUUGGAGGACGGACCGCAGAGGUUGUCUGAAGGCCGAUACCAUGAUGGCGGCGCUGGCGGCUCCUGGUCUCUUCUGUGUGCGGAUCCUGGGCCUACGGUCCAGCAUAGACACAGUGGCCCAGGUUCGCAGAGUCCAUCAGAGUGUGGCCACCAAGGGCCCGAGCAGCACACAGUCCGCUGUGCCCAAGGCUGGAGGUGGAGCUGUGGUUCCCAAGCCCUCCCAUCUUCCCAGAAACCGGGCUGAGUAUGUGGUGGCCAAGCUGGAUGACCUCAUCAACUGGGCACGCCGGAGCUCCCUGUGGCCGAUGACCUUUGGCCUGGCGUGCUGCGCGGUGGAGAUGAUGCACAUGGCCGCCCCGCGGUACGACAUGGACCGCUUUGGCGUGGUGUUCCGUGCCAGUCCGCGGCAGGCCGACGUGAUGAUUGUAGCUGGCACACUUACCAACAAGAUGGCCCCUGCACUCCGCAAGGUGUACGACCAGAUGCCUGAGCCUCGCUACGUGGUGUCCAUGGGGAGCUGUGCCAAUGGUGGGGGCUACUACCACUACUCCUACUCGGUGGUGCGAGGCUGCGACCGUAUUGUGCCCGUGGACAUCUAUGUGCCAGGGCCCUCUGGCAGCAGACUGCAGGGCAACAAGGGCCAGCUAAAUGGAGGAGGGGGUGCAGCUCCAGGCUGCAUUCCUGAGGCCCCUGGCAUUGAGACCGGGAAUCUCAAGAUGCCCCUGGCCCAACCUUCCUGCCCGUCUCCCUGACCCAGUGGUCCAGUUUCUGUGAGUGACUCUUCCUGAGGAUCCCGCUGGUCACCAGAGUCACAACCAGGGCCCUUUUCUGUGGGGAGUGGGUGUUGGGAGGCCCAACACAGCAAGGACACUUAUCCCUUCAAAGCCAACCCCAGGGCACCCCGA